AUGGACGCCCUCAAGGCAGAAAUCGCAGUGAAGCGCAAAGCGCUGCAGGAAGACCCUGCACUCGCCCGUCCUACAAAGUACAUGCGCCGGGGCGAGAUCGAACGCCUGAAGGAAGAGCGCGAACGCAAGGACAAGGAGGCCAAAGAACGCGAAGAGCGCGAGCGAAAGGGCCGCGAGGACGAGGAGCGGCGGAGAGCGUCCGCCGCCGCAAAACCAGACUCAUGCGCGGCUGGAGAGCAGGCUUCCUCGUCCCGCGCAUCGACCCACUCGCCUUUCCCUGACGGCGCGGGCGCACCACCCGCACCCGAGUCGUCCUUCAACAUCUCAAACGAGGAGACCGUCCGCCGUCUCCGCGCCAAGGGCCAGCCCAUCCGCCUCUUUGGCGAGUCCGACAAGGACCGCCGGCUCCGGCUGCGUGCCCUCGAGCUCAUCGAGGAGAAGGACCACGAACGCCACGGCGGGCAGAACGACUUCAAGAAGGCCCUCGAGGAUGUCGAGAACGUUGGGCGCCUUCUGGGCGACAAGCGGGCGCAGGAGGAGGAGAAGAAGGGCAAGAAGAGGGACGGAGCGGACACCCCGGAAGUAUUGGACCUCGAGCUGGUCAAGACCGACCCGGACAAGCUGUAUCCAAUCAUCUACUACGCGCUCAAGAGGACACUGAAAGAGUGGGAGGAGUGGAUGGACGAGCGGCCAGAAAGCAUCAAGCGUACAACACAAGGAAAACUUGCCGCUGCGACGCAACGGCAGUCUGCCGAAUACCUGAAGCCGCUGUUCAAGCUGCUCCGAUCUCGAUCGCUUCCCCCCGACAUGCUUGCUCGCGUGUCUGAGAUUGUACACCAUAUGCAGAAGCGACAGUAUCAAAGAGCAAACGACUCUUAUCUGCGCUUGUCCAUUGGCAAUGCCCCGUGGCCCAUUGGAGUUACCAUGGUCGGUAUCCACGAACGUUCCGCACGGGAGAAGAUCUCCGCGGACCAAGUUGCACAUGUGUUGAACGACGAAGUCAGUCGGAAGUACAUCCAAAGUCUGAAACGUCUCUUGACCUUUUCGCAAACAAAAUACCCCCCGGAGGACGUAACGCAGCUGAUGGGCUAGCAGAGCCCAGGGAGUCGUUGUCCAGAUUACCUGUGUAUCACUCAUGUUGACCGAGUCUAGUGUAUAAUCUGUUUUCUUCUGGUAGUGCUCUCCUCAUCAUCUCAGUUAUAAAAAA